AUGGCUCAAACCAAUGGGGAAUUGGAGCACUCGAAAGAGGUUGCUCUGGAUUCGCAAGAUCAGACUGCCGUUAACCACACCGAAGGUGCUGCGGAGGAUGACAAUGCAGGUGGUCUCUUCCAGAUCUCUGUGAAGCUUCCUCAUGAACCGUACAAGAUCCAGGUGAUGGUCUCGAGCCAAGAACAAGUGCAAGAUGUCCGUCAAUCGAUUGUCGAGCUGCCCGGUACUUUCCAGUACACGUGCUUCCACCUUGAGUUCAACGGGUCUCGUAUCAACGACUUUGUCGAAUUGUCCGAGGUUCCCGACCUGAAGGCCAACUCCGAGAUUGUGCUGGUGGAGGAUCCCUACACCGAGAAGGAGGCCCGGAUGCACGUUGUGCGGAUGCGGGAGCUCGUUGGCGCUGCCGGUGACCGUGUUGACACACUGCACGGUAUUUCUGCCGGUCUGUCCCUUCACGAUGUGAUCUCCGCCGAGGCUGUGCGCGCCAGCGAAUCGGAGAAGGAUCAUUCGCUCACCAAGUACAACUUGACUGGUCCCUCCUCUCUUCAGACUAUCCUGCCCCAGUCGCAGACUCCUCUCCCCAAGACCGUGAAGUCGAUUUCGCUCUCGCCAUGGAACCCGGCUCCUUAUCACCUCCGACAGAAGGGUCAUCUGCUCUAUCUGCAGGUCACCACUAACGAGGGUGAACAGUUCCAAAUCACUUCUCACGUUUCUGGGUUCUUUGUGAACAAGUGCUCAAACACCCGUUUCGAUCCUUUCCCGAAGACCAUUGCCAAGAACGGCAGUGCCCACUCUCUCCUUACUCUGAUCUCCAAGCUGUCUCCCUCAUUCAACGCUUCGUUCGAGGCUUUGCAGGAGUCUAACAAUCAGAAGGACCUCCUGACCACCUUCCCAUUCCAGAAUGCCAUCCCCAAUAGCCCAUGGCUUGUCACUCCGACCUCUUCCAGCCUAAACACCCACCAGGCUGACAUCACCCGGUCUCAGGAAAGCUACUUGAUCUCUGGCGUGGACAACGCCGAGACGUUGCGUGACUGGAAUGAGGAAUUCCAGACAACCCGCGAGCUGCCUCGUGAUACUGUCCAGGACCGCGUAUUCCGUGAACGCCUUACCUCGAAGCUGUUCGCUGACUACAACGAGGCUGCUGCCCGUGGUGCCAUCCUGGUCGCCCGAGGUGAGGUUGCUCCUCUGAACCCUACCGAGGCCCGGGAUGCUCAGAUCUUUGUCUACAACAAUAUCUUCUACUCUUUCGGUGCCGACGGCGUUGGUACUUUCACCUCCGAGGGUGGUGAUGAGGCUGCUCGUGUGGCUGUGGGUAAGGAUGUUUUGGGUAUUAAGGCCGUGAACCAGCUUGAUAUUCAGGGAUUGUUCACUCCCGGAACUGUCGUCGUUGACUACCUCGGCAAGCGUAUUGUUGGACAGAGCAUUGUGCCUGGUAUCUUCAAGCAGCGUGAGCCUGGCGAACACCAGAUCGAUUAUGGUGGUGUUGAGGGCAAGGAGGUUGUGGCAACCCACUCCGACUUCGUGCCCGUUUUCGAGAAGCUGUCUAAGGCUCUUCGGAUUAAGCAGCACCCGGUUUGGGACAAGGAUGGCAAGCGUCACGAUCUUGAAGGCAGCGUUGAGACCAAGGGUCUCCUUGGCACCGAUGGACGCAAGUACGUUCUUGACUUGUAUCGUGUCGCCCCUCUGGAUGCUCUCUGGCAAGAGGAGGAAGGUAGUGAGGCCUAUCCACACCGCAUGUCGGUGCUCAGACUGGAGUUGGUUGAGUCUUACUGGCGCAACAAGAUGAGCCAGUAUGUCAAGGCUGAAGUUGAGAAGCGCCGUGCCGCCAAGGCCGAAGAACCGAAGCCUGAAGAGGGCGCCGAGGAAAAGAGCGAAGAUCAGGAGCGGGUUGACAUUUCCGGCUUCAACCUCUCUCUCAACCCUGACGUUUUCAGUGGACAGGUUCCUCAGACUCAGGAGGAGAAGGAACAGUGGGCUAAGGAUGAGAAGGAAGUGCGUGACGCCUGCGACCACCUUCGCUCCAAGAUCAUCCCCGAUCUCAUUCAGGACCUCCACGAUGGCGAUGUCGGCUUCCCUAUGGAUGGUCAGUCCUUGACUCAGCUGCUGCACAAGCGCGGUAUCAACGUUCGCUACCUGGGUAAACUGGCACAGCUAUCGAGUGAGAAGGGAUCCCGCCUUCAGGCUCUUUCCACUCUUCUGACUCAGGAGAUGAUUGCUCGUGCCUUCAAGCACGUUGCUAACAACUACCUCCGCAAUGUCCCGGCUCCUUUUGUCACCUCCUGCAUUGCUCAUCUGCUGAACUGCCUGCUGGGCACUGAUGUCAACUCUUCCCCUCGCCCUGAGAUUGACGAGUCUCUGCGUGAGAUUUACCCUGAGGGUGACUUCUCAUUCGAGAAGGUUACUCCCGAGUCCCUCCGCACUGAGAUUGAGAAGCAGAUCACUAUCCGCUACCGCUACUCAUUGGAGAAGGGAUGGGUUAGCUCCCUGCGCCACCUCCAGCUGCUGCGCGAUAUCUCUAUUAAGCUGGGUCUCCAGCUUGGUGCUCGCGACUUCCCUUUCUCCAAGGACCAGGUCAAGGAGCAGGCUCCGGCCACUAACGGUGCCCCCAAGACUAACCAGGAUGAUGGGAAGAAGAAGAAAAAGAAGGGCGGUGACAACAAGUCCCCGACCCGUGUUGUGGUGGAGACCUUGCCUGCUACCUCCAUCACAGUGGAUGACAUUCUGAAUGUCGUACCCCUUGUCAAGGAUGCCGCUCCGCGUAGCGCCCUAGCUGAGGAGGCCCUCGAGGCUGGUCGUAUCUCACUCAUGCAGAACCAGAAGCAAUUGGGCCAGGAGCUCAUUCUGGAGUCUCUGUCUCUUCAUGAACAGAUCUACGGCAUCCUUCACCCCGAGGUUGCCAAGCUGUACCACCAGCUCUCCAUGCUCUACUAUCAGACCGAUGAGAAGGAGGCUGCCGUGGAACUGGCCCGCAAGGCUGUCAUUGUCACUGAGCGCACCUUGGGUGUCGACUCGGCUGAUACCAUCCUGGCUUACCUCAACCUGAGUCUAUUCGAGCAUGCCUCCGGUAAUACCAAGACUGCUUUGGUGUAUAUCAAGCAUGCUAUGGAUCUGUGGAAGAUCAUCUAUGGUGCCAACCACCCCGACUCGAUCACCACUAUGAACAACGCCGCCGUGAUGCUGCAGCACCUGAAGCAAUACUCCGACUCUCGCAAGUGGUUCGAGGCCUCACUCUCUGUUUGCGAGGACCUGUUUGGUAAACAGUCCAUCAACACUGCCACCAUCCUUUUCCAGCUUGCUCAGGCAUUGGCCCUUGACCAGGACUCCAAGGCUGCCGUUGGCAAGAUGCGCGAUGCCUACAACAUCUUCCUUGCUCAGCUGGGUCCUGAGGACCGCAACACCAAGGAAGCUGAGACUUGGCUCGAGCAGCUAACCCAGAAUGCUGUCUCUAUCGCGAAGCAUGCCAAGGACAUCCAGGCGCGUCGUCUCCGUCGUAUCAACAUUAACCCCCGUGCGUCUACCAUGGGCACCCGCGUCCAGCCCCAGGUUGGCCAGACUGCACCUGAGACUGCCGGAACUGCUGGUCCCUCAGGUUCUUCCUUGGACUCGCGCAGCAUCGAUGAGCUGCUGAAGUUCAUCGAGGGUGGUGACAAUAGCUCCUCCCGGUCCAAGACGAAGAAGCGUACUUCUGCCAACCCCAAGCUCCGGGGCUCCAAGCAGUCCAAGGCUUAA